AUGGCGACUCCCGGCCUCGAUGUUAUCAUGAGCUGGACGCCAAACUAUGACCAUCCUCAUGAGCCCCUGGAUGCCGUCAUAUACGGUGUCAACAUCCCACUGAUGGUUCUAAUGACCAUAUUCGUUGCGGGCAGGUUUCUAUCGCGGACAUUCCUUGUGCGCAACGCGCUUGGAGUAGAUGACUGGAUGAUGCUUGUUGCCUAUGUUGGUGCCAGUGCUGGCUUUGGACGUACAUCCACUGUUUGCGCCUUGUUCUGCAAUAACGAAGAUAUCGAUAUGUUUGACAUACCUUCGCCUUUUCCCGUCAAAGACAAACAGAUGGUUCAACUAUAUUUCGAUGGUCAUUCUGGCGGGAUUUGGAAUUUCAACGACCGCAACUAUGCUUUUGCAAUGCAUGUGGGUAGUGCUUGCCAUGCCGUGACACCGUACGCUGACGCAAGCAGACCGUUGUCCGAUCUCUGGGCAGUCUUCAAGCCGAUGUCGCAGAAACAAUGCAUCGAAUCAGAAAAAUUUUACAUUGCUGUUGCUGCCAUCAACAGUAUAACCGAUUUCAUGGUUUACCUUUGGCCGAUUCACUACCUCUGGAAAGUAAAACUUAGCUUGGCGAAGAGAGCAGGUCUAAUCAUCUGUUUCGGCGUCGGCGUCCUGAUUUGUAUUGCGGGUGUGGUUCGCAUUACCUGGCAGGUCAAGUUCGCCAAUUCGUGGGACCAAACAUACAACGGAGCCAUCAUCUUUGUUAUUGUAGCGGUGGAGUGCAAUCUUGGUGUCGUCUGCGGGUGUCUUCCAGGGGUCAGGCCGCUGAUGUCCAAGAUCUUCCCAGGUUUGACCAGCUCAACUUACAACUCGGGUCGAGGCAAGAACAGUCACGUACAGGUCAGCUCUAACAAUAGACCCGGCGGUGGAUACCACGACCUGCAUUCGAUUCACGUUAGGAAGGAAGUGGAACUAUCGGUCGUUAAGAGGCCUGCCGAUGGACCAUAA